CCCAGGUCUUGCUGUCUCUCACUCCCUCUGUUCACAGUUUCACACUAAUUUUUCACUCUCUCGACUCUACUGAGACCUGAUCUAAGCUUGAGGCAAAAUUUUAAUGGCCAUGGACGAAGGCAAGAGCUCUACUCUUGUCCACAUCUUGGUGAUUGCUCUUAGUCUCACUGCCUUCGGCUUCGCCAUCGCCGCUGAGCGCAGAAGGAGCACGGGUGAGAUUGUUCACGAUCCUCACAAUAUCACCUUUUGUGUUUAUGACUCUGAUGUUGCAACUGGCUAUGGAGUUGGUGCCUUCCUCUUCCUCUUCUCGGGUCAGUCUUUGCUUAUGGGUAUCACAAAGUGCUUGUGCUUCGGCAAGCCUUUAGCCCCCGGUUCAAGUCGAGCCUGGUCUAUCAUCUACUUUGCUUCCUCCUGGCUGACGUUCUUAGUUGCGUCUGCGUGCUUAAUAGCUGGAGCGACGAAGAAUGCAUACCACACAAAAUACAGGCACAUGAUACAUGCUCAGAGCUGGACUUGCGAGUCAUUGCGCAAGGGAGUGUUCAUUGCCGGAGCGGUCUUCAUUAUAUUGACCAUGUUCCUCAAUAUAUACUACUACAUGUACUUUGCUAAAGCUACAAGUCAAGCUGCGCGUAAAACCAACAGGUCGAGUUCGACUGUUUCAAUGUCUGGAUAUGCUUAAAAUCACCGCAUCAGGAUUUUAGUUUCCUAGAAUUGUAGCUUGAAACCUUAUAGACAUUAGCGUAUGUUUUGUAUUGUGCAAUGUUUAUUAAGGUCACAUGUGUAGAUGGGUUGAGGGGAACAUUGAUGUCGAUAUGAGUAAGAGUAGCUACUUAAAGUUGGGGAGUUUUAUGUUUCAGCAAUUUAUAACUAGUGUAAUGAUGACAUAGUCCCUUCAAUGUUGUUGACCUAUGUCUGAAACUCUUGAUCGAUAUAUGUGAUUUAUUGGAAAAGUUGUAUACGUGGA